AUGGCCUUCUUCGUCACGCGGCGGCUGUGGAGGCCGAAGAACAACGUGUUAUGUUUGGCAUUCACGUUCUUUUCGUCCGUAUGGGUCAUUACAACCGUGGUCAUACUGAGGCUGCAGGAAAAUUACCAAGGCGCAUGGUAUACCGUUGGCAGGGCGAGACGCGAAAGCGACCGAUCGCCGGGUGUUACAGCUGCCCCCGGGGUGCAAGCCAUCGUUGGUUACUACGAAGGUGCCUUGCCAGGAUCAAAGCAAGUCACUUUUACCCAAGAGGAGCUGAACAUCAAUCAAUAUAGCCCGGUACCAGGCAUGGGCGAAAUGGGACGUCCCGUGAAGAUGAAUGCCGUGGAAGAGGUAAGAAGCAUGAAGCUGUUCGCCAUUAACCAGUUCAACAUCGUUGCCAGCGACCUCAUGGCGGUCAAUCGAUCUCUACCAGACGUCCGACAUCAGGACUGCCGGAAACUGACCUACGACACUGACCUGCCUAGCGCCAGCGUCAUCAUUGUGUUUCAUAAUGAAGCCUGGUCGACUUUGAUCAGAACGGUCAUGAGUGUCAUAAACCGUUCCCCGAGGCACCUCCUUCGCGAAAUCAUCCUCAUCGACGACGACAGCAAAAGAGAAUUUCUCAACCAAACGCUCGACGCCUAUGUCUCGCAACUGAGCGUUCUGACCAAAGUGCUUAGAUCCAGGCAACGCAUCGGAUUAGUAAAGGCCAGACUGAUGGGCGCUAAAAACGCAACUGGACAAGUUCUCAUAUUCCUCGAUUCGCAUUGUGAGUGUACAACGGGCUGGAUAGAACCACUGCUUUUAAGAAUCAAGCAAGACAGAACCGCAGUUGUUUGCCCAGUUAUCGACGUAAUCAACGACAAGACCUUUCAGUUUCAGAAAGGCAUCGAAACCUACCGUGGAGGUUUUAAUUGGCACCUGCAAUUUCGGUGGUACUCGCCGUCGUCGUCAACAAUAGAAAAACUGGAAAAAGACUCGACGGCACCAAUGAAGUAG